GUUUCUCCCAACGUAGAGAAAUGCAAUUAUAAAUCAGCUUUAGUUUCUUCUAUUAUUUUCACAGAAAGAGCAAGUUUGUUUGGAGGUACAGACAAGUGUUGGUUCAUCUGUGAUAAAGAUGAAGAUGAAGAUGGUCUUCCUGUUAUUGUUAUUAUCAGUAGUAGCAAUGUUGCCCUGCUCCUCUGCAUGUUAUGUAGAUGAGAGAAAUGCCUUGUUAGCUUUCAAAGAGGGCCUUGAUUUCACUUCCUCUCAUUACACACUGCAAUCCUGGAAGGGAUUUAACUGCUGCUCAUGGGAAGGAGUGAGCUGCCACCCAAUCACUGCCCACAUCAUUUCCUUAGAUCUGAGUCCUCACUCCCUUAAUGCCUCCUGGAAUCCUCAUGACGUCAUCAUGCCAUCGCCAUUCAUGUCGUGGAGGGAACUUCGUGGGGAACUAUUCCAACUACGCCAUCUGGAGAGCUUGAACUUGAGUGAGAAUGCCUUUAUCCCUUCUCUUCCCAUCCCUUCACAGUUUUACAAGCUCAGUAAUUUGAGGUAUUUAAGCUUGUCCAGCUCAAAGUUUAUUGGUCAUAUUCCGAGAGAGAUUGGUUAUAUGUCCAGUUUAAUAUAUCUUGAUCUGUCUUCAAUUUUUUUGAAUGACACCAUUCCAAUGUUUAUGGCUAAACUUACAAAGCUCAUGCAUCUUGAUUUGAGUUUUAAUUCUCUGAGUGGCAUCAUCCCAAUGUCUAUGAUUAAGCUGUCAAAGCUCACAUAUUUUGAUCUGAGUCAUAAUUCUUUGAGUGGUACCAUCCCAACAUUUUUGGAUAAGUUGUCAAAGCUCACAUAUAUUGAUCUGAGUUCUAACUCUUUGAGUGACACCAUUCCAAAUUCUUUGGGAAAGCUAACAAAGCUCUCUCAUCUUAACUUGAGUUAUAACUCUUUGAAUGGUGCAAUCCCAAUAUCUUUGGGUAAGUUAUCAAAGGUCGCACAUAUUGACAUGAGAUCUAACUCUUUAAAUGGCAGCAUCCCAAUAUCUUUGGGUAAGCUAUCAAAGAUCACAGUUCUUGCUCUAUGUUAUAAUUAUUUGAGUGGCACCAUCCCAACAUCUUUGAGUGAGUUGUCAAAGCUCACACAUCUUGACUUGAGAUCUAACUCUUUGAGUGGAACCAUCCCAACAUCUUUGGACAGGCUAUCAAAACUCACACAUCUUUACCUAAGUUUUAAUUGUUUGAAUGGUACAAUCCCAACCUUCUUCAGUAACCUCACCAAGCUCAUAGUUCUUGAUCUUAGCUUCAACCACUUAAGUGGAACUUACCCACUUUCUCUUUUUGAUAUUAUACCCAAUAUUCAAGAAUUGUAUCUUUCAGGGAAUAUGUUGACUAUAAAAGUCAGUGCCUCUUAUAUUCCCAAUUUUCGACUUGUAUCCUUAGGUUUGGGAUCUUGUAAUAUAUAAGGGAAUUUUCCAGAUUUUAUUUCAACUCAAUACUCCUUAGGAUUUCUAGAUUCGUCUGGAAACUCACACAGUGGAAAUAUUCCUUAUUGGUUAUGAGAUUCUAUGCCCUUUUAUUAUCUCAACCUCUCUUAUAACCAGUUUGUAGGCAAUUUACCUAAUAGGCUGCUUGCAUUUGAACAUGGUUCUAAUGCCAACUCAGCUAUUGAUUUGCAUAAUAAUAAGUUGCAAGGAAAUAUUCCCCAUUCUCUACAAAACGUGAUUUUUUUGGACCUUUCAGAAAAUCUAUUUGAUGGACCCAUUCCACAUUCUAUUUGUGAGUCAAGUAAUUUGCAUGUUAUAAACUUGUCAAAUAACAAGCUUAGUGGUAAGAUUCCCCAAAGUUUAGAAUAGUGUUUUGAGAUGUCCGUGUUAGAUCUAGAAAAUAAUAAUUUCAAGGGCACAAUUCCAAAUAUAUUUGGGAAGAUGAAUUCUCUAGAAACAUUGAAAUUAGGCCUCAAUGGGCUAAAAGGGAACAUACCAUCAUCCCUUGUAAAUUGUACUUCUUUGGAAAUCUUCGAUCUCAGGAAUAACAAUAUUCGUGGGGGCAUUCCUACUUGGAUUGACAACCUGAAAAGGCUUCAUGUCUUAGUGUUAAAAUCUAACAAAUUUGUUGGCCAGAUACCCACAAAAUUAUCAAAUUUGCAAAAUCUCCAGAUAUUGGAUAUGUCAAGCAACAAAUUUUCAGGCGUUAUUCCCAAUGGCUUUAUGAACUUGAGUGCAAUGGCAAAUCAGACAGAAAAUACAGAAACUAUUGAAUUGAAUUUUACAAAUAUUGGUUACAGGGACUAUAUAGAUACUAUAAUCAUUAGGAACAAAGGACAGAAUCUGGAGUAUGGGAGAAUUUUGAGAUUAGUAAAAUGCCUAGAUCUAUCAGACAACAAUUUAUCAGGCAAAAUACCUUGGGAUAUUCAAUCCCUCAAAGGAUUGCUAAUUCUCAAUGUUUCAAGAAAUUAUUUCAGCGGUAAGAUUCCAAAAUCUUUGGGAAGCAUGCUACAACUACAAUCACUUGAUCUUUCUAGAAAUGAACUGUUUGGAACACUUCCAUCUGAGCUGCAACAUCUCACAUAUUUGAGCUACUUUAAUGUGUCUCAUAAUAACCUAUCAGGAAGGAUACCACAAGGAGGACAAAUGAUGACAUUUGAUUCCUCAUCAUUUUCCAACAAUUCAGAUCUAUGUGGCCUACAAAUGAAUGUGUCAUGCUCAAGAAAUCAUCCUAUGUCUCCCAACGAUGAUGAAAAAAACAAAAAUGUAUUAGACAAAGAUAUAUGGUGGGACGUGGGAAUAGGAAUGGGAAAUGCAUUUGGAUUUUCAAUUCUGAUUUGGGUGUUGUGUUUCAGCAAAUCUUGGAGUGCAAAAUGCUUCAAAGUCAUGGAUGACAUUAUUGACUUCCUUUUUCAAGCUUUCAUGAAACAAUUGUGUAAUAUAAGAUAAUAUGUUUUCUGA